AUGGCACCUUGUGAGUAUGUUGAUGUUCCAAUUGGAUUCAAGUUUCAUCCAAGCGAUGAUGAGUUAUUGAGAUAUUAUCUUCUUAACAAGGUUUGUGGCACACCAUUUAUGUAUAGCAACGUUGUGCCAGAAUUUAAUCUUUAUGGUAAGAAAGAGCCAUGGGAUAUAUGGAAUGAUUUCGGUGGACAAAAAUUAGAAAAGGGUGAAGACCUCUACUUCUUCACCAAAUUGAAGUUAGUGACCAGCAAGGGUUCCCUCGUGGCUCGAACGAUAGGAAAUGGAACCUGGAAAGGUGAGGACAGAGGGACCAUGGUCGGUGAUCCCGCGAAAAAGAAUAAGCCUUUAGGUCUGUGUAAAAGGUUCCGUUAUGAGAAUGAUAAAUCUGAUCAACAUGGCCGCUGGAUUAUGCACGAGUACAGCCUUCACCCUUCAUUGGUGAAGCCCCAUUCAAAUUCAAAUACUUGUGGUGGUGAUGGUAAAUACGUGCUCUGUCAAAUUCGAAAGAAUGACAGAAAGAGGAAGUUAUCAGAGAAUGAUGGCGUCGGUGGUCAUGCUCUAGUACUACAAUCCCCUACCACGAUUCUAAGGCAACUAAAGAACAUUGAUGAAGUCGUAGGUGCGAAUUUUACUCCAAUUUCUGAGGCUUCUGAGGUUAAUUAUCAUUAUAAUCAGCAGCAGGAGCAGACUACCAGUGCGAAUGCGUACUUGCCAAUGAAUCAGCCACACUACUUUCUUACAGAUUACCCAACAACUAUGGCCUCUGCAUCAACUAGUCCUCCACCAUCUCUCCCUCAGCCAGACUAUGGCUUUGAGCUUAUUAGUGACACUGAUCAUCAACCAACACAAGGUUUUAAUUAUGACCUCAGCCAAUUUCUAGAUGAUGAUGAUGUUGAUGCAUUGAUGAAGGAUCUCUCAAAUUUGGAUAACAUCCAACCACUUGCAGCACAACCAUUGGGAGGAGGAUCGCAUCCAUAUCCAUCCAUAAUCCAGGAGUCUGCAGUUGAUGAAGACUCGGGCAAUAUUAUUAAUAGUGGAUUUGGGAUAUCAUCAGAAGAUCAAACAGGUGGUGAACUUGGUGCUGAAAAUGUUCAACUCAAUGUGUUAGGCUUUCCUGAACCGUGCUAG